AAGUAACAUUUAACGGUGUGUUGCUGGUUAUGGAAAGUCCAGAGUUAUUGAAGGUUAAGGAAACCUAACUUCGGUUCCUCGACAGACACAAUCACCCUGAGAGAAAAACAGACUUCCUGAAUCAACACCGCACAUUCAUACAGGAUGGCAUCCCCUUCACCUCAUGACCGCAGCCGUAAAGACGACGAGGAUGACCCUAUUGAACAGAUGAUAUCUCGCACAGGCUGUGCUGAACUACACUAUGCCGUGCAGGAGUGCAUGGCUGAACACCAGGACUGGCGAGUAUGCCAGAGUCAGGUCCAGACUUUCAAAGACUGUAUGAUGAAUUUCCAGAACAUGCGGAAAAAACAACUGAUGAAACAGCUGCCCACCUCCACUGAGUCUGCACCCAGCUGAACUCAUAAAACUGCGUGCACAAAGUGUGGAUGGGGGGUGUUGAGGAACUGCUUGAUAUGUUUGAUGUGGAAAUACUGAAUUAAUGUAAUAAUUUAUAAUGAAAAUCAACAAGUAUUAGCAGCUACCGAUAAGCCUGACUGGACUUUCUAGUGUGUGGUGUAGAGUCAUCACAGCGGUAUCUGUUUAUAUGUUGACUGAUAAAUAAAAAUACUUUUGAGUACAGUAACUCCAAAGACAUGUUUAAGGUCAUAUGGAAGAAAUCUCGUAUCUCGUAAGUUACCCCACUAAUGAUGCCUGGAUUGUAUACAACUUCUACAGUUGUAUAAAUAGGGUCUUUACUCACAAAUCCAUGCAUUGCAAAGUUUGUAAGUACACCAGGAGUUAAAU